AUGAAAUAAACGUAGUAUUUAAUCCUGCAGAAAUAAUCAAUCAACUUAUUAAUAUCAAAUUACUAUCAAAUCUAUUAAUAUGAUGAAUCUUCCUACAUUGGGUUUCAAUCAGAUUAUGAAGCCGAUAUUUUAGUAAGAAUAUAAUAAAUAAAUUCCAAUCAAUGCAUAUUGGAUUGUCAACAUGACACUGAAUGUUAAUCUCGUUAUUGUAAUUGUAAUAUUGCAUAAAUUGGUUAAGAUUGUAAUCUAAUCAUUGAUGAUCUCACAUAAUAGUAGAUUUUUUAAGGUGGAAAGAUUUAUUACAUUGAUAUUGAGUAGUUUUUUUACGAGAAAGAAGAAGUUUAAUUACAAUUUUAAAAUUCGACUUCAUUCUAUGGAUUUUGCAUCACUUAAAAUUUCAAUCUUAAUUAAAUCUCAAAAUAAACUACAACCACAUUACAUAUAUCAUUAGAUCAAGUCAAGGAGUGCUAUAACGAUGUAAUAGAUUUAAAGGAAUAAUCAAAUUCCACGAUCAACUUUUAUUAUCUAGUGUACUUUGAUUCAAAUUAUCUUAUUUAUCUGGAGAGUUCUAAUUCAGUUUCUGAUGAUUACCUUCUAACUAUUAUUCUAUCUACUACUCUGUCCUCAUUUGCUUUAUGUUUUAUAUUUUGUCUUAUGAAAUCGAAAUGUUAUCCCAAAUAAAAAGCAAAAAAGAAAGUGGAAAUAAAAUAUGAUCUAAAGCAAUUGCCAUCAUUAACAGAGAUACUCUUUCCAUCUCAAGAAUAUGGAAUACUUAGAGUUAGAUGCGAUAGAUUUGCAACAUAUAAUCAGUGCCUGAUUUGUCUUGAUCCUUUUUAUGAUGAUUCACUUGUAAGAGUCACCUUUUGCAAUCAUAUCUUCCAUACAACUUGUUUUGAUAAAUGGAUGAACGUACAUAAAAGCUGUCCUAAUUGCAGAAGUUUGUUCGAUUAAGAAUCCAUGCUUAAAUAUUAAGGCUGCAUUAAGAAAGAUUCUGACAUGCUUUAAUGGAGCAGUAGGACUGACGAGAUAAGAAUCCAUCUGGGACCACUUAUAAAUGAGACACUACAACAACAACCUUAAGCCUCUCAAAUGGAAUCUUUGAGAAACAUUUAAGCCAUUUGA